AUGCUGGAUAUCAAAACUAACGCAAGUGCUGCAUCUUAUUUUCUGCUUCUGGAAUUUUCUGAGGUCCGAGACUUACAGAUCAUGCACUUCUUUGUAUUCCUGACAUUGUACCUAGCAACUGUGACAGGAAACAUGCUCAUCAUCUUUGCCAUCGUCUUGGACCAUCACUUGCACACUCCCAUGUAUCUCUUCCUCAUGAACUUGGCUGUGGUAGAUAUUGGCUCAGUUUCAGCAACGAUACCAAAAUCCAUGCUUAAUGCCUUCUUGAACACUAGGUCAAUUUCCUAUUUUGGGUGUGUUGCACAGGUUUUCUUUUUGUUCUUCUUUUUAGCAUCUGAUUUUGUCCUUCUCACAAUAAUGGCACAUGAUCGAUAUGUUGCCAUUUGCAACCCACUACGAUAUGAGACAAUAAUGAACAGAAUCAGCUGCAUGCAGAUGAUGGUCAGCGCAUGGAUCAGUGGCCUUCUCUAUGGAAUAAUACACACUGGCAGCACUUUUGCAAUCUCCUUCUGCUCCAAUAUUGUUGACCAAUUUUUCUGUGAAAUACCCCAGUUACUCAAACUCUCUUGCACUGAUUUAUACCUAGUUGAAAUAAGUGUUCUUGUAUUCAGCAUGAGUACGGUGUUUGGUUGCUUCACUUUCAUUAUUCUCACUUAUGUGAAAAUCUUCACUGCAGUGUUGAAAAUUCCCACUAUGCAGGGAAGGCAGAAGUUCUUUUCCACUUGCCUUCCCCAUCUCAUGGUAGUCUCCAUGUACAUAUGCAGUGGGGUCUUGGCCUACAUUACAUCUGUGGCAAAUUCUCCAUCGGAUUUGCGUUUGGUGUUUGGCGUUAUGUACUCUUUGGUGCCACCCAUAAUGAAUCCGCUGAUCUAUAGCUUGCGAAACAAAGAGAUCAAGGUUGCUCUCCGUAAAAUCCUAAACCUGAAGGAUUCAUCAAAGAAUCCAUUAUCUGAACACCAAUGA